CCUGUGGCCCACAGACAGACAGGCUGACAGACAGGCAGACAGACAUACUAACAGACAGACAGACAGUCUGGGAGACAGAAUGAAUGCCAGACAGACAGACAGACAUACUAACAGACAGACAGGGAGAGAGACAGUCAGGGAGACAGAAUGACAGGCAGACAGGCAGAGAGACAGACAGGCAGACCGCAGCCCUGCGCGUGUGUGCGUGCGUGCGUGUCGGGCUGAGCGGACCUGCAGUGGAAGGGGAGAGGCGGUUCGGGAAAGGCAUGGAAACACACCCGUGCAUGUCUCCUUUCACUAUAACGUUUACCGACACCGGACUGGUCGUGACGUGCACUGUGUGAAACACAAAGCACCUACGAGGACAGGCCCUUCGGCGGUUUAACCGGACUGAUGGCUCCAGAGUGACAUGGCUUUAAUGAUCCCCCCGGUGAAGCUCAAAUGGCUGGAGCACCUGAACGGCUCAUGGAUCACCGAGGACAGCGAGUCGAUCGCCACGCGGGACGGCGUCUUGGUGCUCUACUCCAAGCUGCUGGCCAGCAAAGAGGCCGUGCUGCUGCCCCAGCAGGUGCUGUGCCUGAAAGGGCCCCAGCUCCCGGACUUUGAGCGCGAGUCCCUCUCCAGCGAUGAGCAGGAGCACUACCUGGACGCGCUGCUCAGCAGCCAGCUGGCCUUGGCCAAGAUGGUCUGCUCUGACUCUCCCUUCGCCGCCGCCCUGCGCAAACGCGUGCUGGUGCUGCAGCGCAUCUUCUACGCGCUCUCCAACAAGUACCACGACAAAGGAAAGAUCAAGCAGCAGCAGCACUCCUCGGAGAGCAGCUCCGGCUCGGCCGACCUGCACUCCGUCAGCGAGCGGCCGCGCUCCAGCACCGACGCCCUCAUCGAGAUGGGCGUCCGCACGGGCCUCAGCCUCCUCUUCGCCCUGCUGCGCCAGAGCUGGAUGAUGCCGGCGCCGCCCGGCCCCGGCGGGGGCGCCGCAGGCGGCAUAAACUUGUGCAACGACGUCAUUCACACGGCCAUCGACGUGGUCAGCUCCCUGCCGCCGCUGUCUCUGGCCAACGAGAGCAAGAUCCCGCCGAUGGGCCUGGACUGCCUGGCCCAGGUCACCUCCUUCCUGAAGGGCGUGACCAUGCCCAACUCCGGGGCGGACAUCCUAGGGCGGCGGCUGGCCUCGGAGCUGCUGCUGGGGCUGGCCUCCCAGAGGGGUUCCCUGCGCUACCUGCUGGAGUGGAUCGAGAUGGCGUUGGCUGCAUCGGCCGUGGUCAGCGCGAUGGAGGAGAAGAAGCCGAGCCAAGAGGGGCUCAUCGGAUACGAUUGUUUCAUGAACAUCCUCAUGCAGAUGAGGCGCUCUCUGGGCUCCUCGGCAGAUCGCAGCCAGUGGAGAGAACCCUCACGGACCUCUGAUGGCUUGUGCUCCCUGUACGAAGCCGCACUGUGUCUCCUGGAAGAAGUGUGCCGAAUGGCGUCGGACUACUCUCGCACCUGCGUCAGCCCGGACAGCAUCCAGACCGGCGAGGCCCCCGUGGUGUCGGAGACCUGCGAGGUGUACGUGUGGGGCAGCAACAGCAGCCACCAGCUGGUGGAGGGGACGCAGGAGAAGAUCCUGCAGCCCAAGCUGGCGGCGAGCUUCGCCGACGCACAGACGAUCGAGGCGGGCCAGUACUGCACCUUCGUGAUCUCCUCCGAUGGCUCCGUGCGGGCCUGCGGUAAAGGCAGCUACGGGCGCCUGGGCCUGGGCGACUCCAACAACCAGUCCACGCUGAAGAAGCUCACCUUCGAGCCCCACCGCGCCAUCAAGAAGGUCUCCUCCUCCAAAGGCUCGGACGGCCACACGCUGGCCUUCACCACGGAGGGGGAGGUCUUCAGCUGGGGGGACGGGGACUACGGCAAGCUGGGCCACGGCAACAGCUCCACGCAGAAGUACCCCAAACUGAUCCAGGGCCCGCUGCAGGGGAAGGUGGUGGUGUGUGUGUCUGCUGGCUACAGACACAGCGCUGCAGUCAGUGAGGACGGAGAGCUGUACACGUGGGGGGAAGGAGACUUUGGGAGACUAGGUCACGGCGACAGCAACAGCCGCAACAUCCCCACCCUGGUCAAAGACGUCAGCAACGUGGGGGAGGUGUCGUGUGGCAGCUCCCACACCAUCGCUCUGUCCAAGGAUGGACGCACCGUGUGGUCCUUCGGAGGAGGGGACAACGGGAAACUGGGCCACGGCGACACCAAUCGGGUCUACAAGCCCAAGGUGGUGGAAGCCCUCCAAGGGAUGUUCAUCAGGAAGGUGUGUGCGGGGAGCCAGUCCUCUCUGGCCUUGACCUCCACCGGACAGGUGUACGCGUGGGGCUGCGGCGCUUGUCUCGGCUGCGGUUCCUCCGAGGCCACGGCGCUCCGGCCGAAGCUCAUCGAGGAGCUGGCCACCACCCGGGUGGUGGACAUCUCCAUCGGGGACAGCCACUGCUUGGCCCUGUCGCACGACAACGAAGUGUACGCAUGGGGCAACAACUCCAUGGGCCAGUGUGGGCAGGGCAACUCCACGGGGCCCAUCACCAAGCCCAGGAAGGUGGUCGGCCUGGACGGAGUCGCUGUCCAGCAGAUCUCAGCCGGGACGUCCCACAGCCUGGCCUGGACCGCCCUGCCCAGAGACAGGCAGGUGGUGGCUUGGCACCGGCCGUACUGCGUGGACCUCGAGGAAAGCACCUUCUCCCACCUGCGCUCCUUCCUGGAGCGCUACUGUGACGGCAUCAACAGCGAAGUCCCUCCUCUUCCGUUCCCCUCGUCCAGGGAGCAUCAUAACUUCCUCAAGCUGUGCCUUCGGCUGUUGUCCAAUCACCUGGCUCUGGCCCUGGCGGGGGGCGUGGCCACCAGCAUCUUAGGGCGGCAGGCCAGACCCCUGAGGAACCUGCUCUUCAGACUGAUGGACUCCUCGGUGCCUGAUGAGAUUCAGGAGGCGGUGAUAGAGACCUUGUCGGUGGGGGCCACCAUGCUGCUGCCUCCACUGAGGGAGAGGAUGGAGCUUCUUCACUCCUUGCUGCCUCAAGGCCCCGAUCGAUGGGAGAGUCUCUCCAAAGGACAGAGGAUGCAGCUGGACAUCAUCCUCACCAGCCUGCAGGACCACACCCACGUGGCCUCGCUCCUGGGCUACAGCUCGCCUGCCGACGGGCCCGAGGGGCUCUGCAGCGGCUUUUCGGGUGCCUCGGAGCCGGGGGCGGCGCCUGCGGGGGAGGGGGGCCACCCGGACACCCACCUGGCAGAGAUCCUCAUGAAGACGCUGCUCAGGAACCUGGGCUUCUACACCGACCAGGCGUUCGGAGAGCUGGAGAAGAACAGCGACAAGCUGCAGCAGGGCACCUCCUCCUCCGACAGCAGCCAGCCGGCUCACCUCCACCAGCUGCUGUGCUCCCUGCAGAAGCAGCUGCUGGCUUACUGCCACAUCAACUCCGUCACCGAGGACUCCAGCAGCGUGGCGCUGCUGCACAAACACCUGCAGCUGCUGCUGCCGCACGCCACCGACAUCUUCUCCCGCUCGGCGGCGCUCAUCAAGGAGAGCUCGUGGAACGGCAGCAUACGAGAGAAGCUGCAAGACGUGGUCUACGUGUCGGCGGCUGGCAGCAUGUUGUGUCAGAUCAUCAACUCGCUGCUGCUGCUCCCCGUGUCGGUGGCGAGGCCUCUGCUGAGCCACCUGCUGGACCUGCUGCCUCCUCUGGACCGACUCAACAGGCUGCUGCCCGCCGCCUCCCCCCUGGAGGACCAGGAGCUGCAGUGGCCCCUCCACGGGACGCCGGACUGUGCCGAGCCGGCCUCGUGGACGUCGCUGCCGCAGCCGGCGCUCUGCUGGGUGUGGCUGGUGGACCUGGAGAGGACGGCGGCCCUGCUGGUGGGCCGCUGCCUGGGGGGGAUGCUGCAGGGGAGCCCCACCUCGCCGGAGGAGCAGGACACCGCCUACUGGCUCAAGACCCCCCUCUUCAGCAACGGCUUGGAGGUGGACAUCCCGCAGCUCGACUCCUCCAUCAGCUCGCUGCUGGAGGCGGCGCUGUCCGGGGACGAGGAGCAGAAGCCCUUGGACUCCACCCUGCGGCCCGACUUGAGCGUCCUGGUGGACCUGGCGCUGUGUUCCUCCAAAGAGCCGGCCAACAGCCUCUGGAUCAACAUGCAGGACUACGGCAUGAGCAAAGACUGGGACAACGCGUCCCUCAGCAACGAGACCCUGCUGGACACCGUGUCCCGGUUCGUGUUGGCGGCCUUGCUGAAGCACACGGGGCUGCUGGACCAGGCCUGUGGGGAGGGCAGGUACCAGCCAUCUAAGACCCUGGCAGAGGUCUAUCGCAGUGUUUACAAGGUACGGAACCGCCUGCUGGCCUGUAAGAACAUGGACUUCAUCCAGACCAGAUCCUCUUCUCGUGAGAGGAGGAUUUCAGACAACCAGGACUCGCUGGACAUGGACCCUCAGGAGCACUCGUUCACGCGCACCAUCGACGAGGAGGCGGAGCUUGAGGAGAGAGCCGACCGCGAGAGAGAGGAGGGGCACCAGGAGCAAGACGACGAAGAGGAGGACCGGGAGCACGAAGUGAUGACGGCUGGAAAAAUCUUUCAAUGUUUUCUCUCAGCGCGGGAGGUGGCUCGCAGUCGGGACAGGGAGCGGACCAGCAGCAGCACGGGACUCGGCUCCGGCUCCGCCUCCAGGAGCGGGGGAGGUGGAGAGGAGGACGCCGUCCUGUCCCAGGAGGGCAGGAGGGGCAGCGGCGGCCUGCCGGAGGGGCAGGACCUGUACACCGCCGCCUGCAACUCGGUGAUCCACCGCUGUGCCCUGCUGCUGCUGGGGGUCAGCCCCGUGCUGGGGGAGCUCACCAAGCAGAACCAGGAGGAGGGGCAGAACCAGUCCGCCACGGGGACACCGGAGGGCCUGAGCUAUAUGACCAGGAGCGAGAGCCUGAGUGCAGAGAGCCGGUCGGUGCAGAGCGGCCCGGGCUGCAGAGUGAUGAAGUCCAGGAGCGAGUCUGACCUCUCUCAGCCCGAGUCCGACGAAGAGGGGUGCUCCCUGAGCGGGAGGAGGAACGUGGACCCGGACUUGGCGUUCUCCCACAAGAAGAGAGGCCUGCUCCACAGCUCCCCGGACUCCCUGGCCGAGUCCUGGACCCGGGCCAAGCUGAGCCGCAAGCGCAGCUACGGCUCGGCGCUCUUCUACGAGGAGUCUGAGCUGGAGCUGAGCCGCUCGCUGGGCGUCCACGCCCUCAUCGACAACACGGUCAGCUUCAUCAGCGGCGACGUGGGCCUGGCUCCGGCCUUCAAGGAGCCGGAGGAGAGCAUGUGCACCAGCCCCCAGGCCACCAUCCUGGCCAUGGAGCAGCAGCAGAGCCGGGCGGAGCUGCGGUUGGAGGCGCUCCACCAGAUCGUGGUGCUGAUCACCAGCAUGGAGGAGAAGGGCAGCCAGCCCGGGAGCGUGGAGCGGCCUGGGGGGGCCUUCCUGUCCUCCUCCCUGCUCACCUCCGUCCGGCUGCAGUUCCUGGCGGGUUGCUUCGGCCUCGGCACCGUGGGCGCCGGAGGGCUGAAGAGAGAGAGCGUGCAGCUGCAUCACUACCAGGAUGGUGUAAAAGCAGCGAAGAGGAGCCUCCAGAUGGAGAUCCAGACCGCUGUUCAUAAGAUCUACCAGCAGCUGUCCGUCACCCUGGAGCGAGCACUGCAGGCCAACAAGCACCACAUAGAAGCUCAGCAGCGCCUCCUGCUGGUCACGGUCUUCGCGCUGAGCGUCCGCUACCAGCCGGUGGACGUGUCCCUGGCCAUCUCCAGCGGGCUGCUCAGCGUGCUGUCCCAGCUGUGCGGGACGGAGACGAUGCUGGGACAGCCGCUGCAGCUGCUGCAGAAACCCGGAGUGUCUCAGCUCAGCACCGCCCUCAAGGUGGCCUCCACCCGCCUGCUGCAGAUACUGGCCAUCAGCACCGGGACGUACGCGGAAAAGCUGGGUCCCAAAGUGGUCCAGUCGCUGCUGGACCUUCUCUGCAGUCAGCUGAAGAACCUGCUGUCUCAGGCCGGGGGCAGUCUGCUCUCUCCUGGAAAAGAUCAAGAGGACAGCAAAGAGGAGGACGGGGUGGACUCUGAGAAGAGGGACUUGAGAGCGCUGAUCCGCAGGCAGCACACGGCUGAGCUGCACCUCGGGGACUUCCUGGUCUUCCUCCGGAGGGUGGUCUCCUCCCAGGCCAUCCAGUCCAAGAUGGCCUCCCCCAAAUGGACCGAAGUGCUGCUCAACAUCGCGGCGCAGAAAUGCUGCUCAGGGGUCCCUCUAGUGGGCAACCUGAGAACUCGGCUCCUGGCUCUCCACGUGCUGGAGGCCGUCCUUCCGGCCUGCGAGGCCGACAUGGAGGACGGGCAAACCACUCAGGUGGUGCAGCGGCUCUUCGCCCUUUUGUCCGACUGCAUGUGGGAGGCCCCCGUCGCUCAGGCCAAGCACUCGGUCCAGGUUAAAGAAAAGGUCCAGGAGCUCAAGCUGCAGGGCGAGUCGGAGGAGGAGGACGAGAACCUCCCCAUCCAGGAGGUGUCCUUCGACCCGGAGAAGGCCCAGUGCUGCGUGGUGGAGAACGGCCAGGGCCUGACGCACGGCAGCGGGGGCAAAGGCUACGGCCUGGCCUCCACCGGCGUCUCCUCCGGGUGCUACCAGUGGAAGUUCUACAUCGUGAAGGAGAACCGGGGGAACGAGGGCACGUGCGUGGGCGUCUCGCGGUGGCCUGUGCACGACUUCAACCACCGCACCACCUCGGACAUGUGGCUGUACCGGGCCUACAGCGGGAACCUCUACCACAACGGGGAGCAGACGCUGACCCUCAGCAGCUUCACUCAGGGAGACUUCGUCACCUGCGUCCUGGACAUGGAGGCCAGGACCGUCUCCUUUGGCAAGAACGGAGAGGAGCCCAAGUUGGCCUUCGAGGACGUCGACGCCACCGAGCUCUUCCCCUGCGUGAUGUUCUACAGCAGCAACCCAGGAGAGAAGGUUAAGAUCUGCGACAUGCAGAUGAGGGGCACGCCUCGCGACCUUUUACCCGGCGACCCGGUCUGCAGCCCGACGGCCACCGUCCUGGCCGAGGCCACCACGCAGCUGAUCCGCAUCCUGCACCGCACCGAGCUCUGGACCCACCGCAUCAACCAGACCAUGACGGAGCGCCUGCACAAGAUCAAGCCCUGCUUCAGAGAGGCCGCCGCCGGCGGCGGGGGGGGGGGCGGAGGGGGCCAGAGGCUGAAGAAGAGCCGCUCGGUGCAGAGCCGCGAGGAGCACGAGGCCCAGAGGGAGAUCCAGGAGACGCCCGUCCGGACGGAGGAGGAGCGAGGAGGGCGCCACGGCCGGCAGCACGGCCUCGGCGAGCUGUCGGAGCUCCACCUGCGGACGCUGUGCACGGAGGUGUGGCCGGUGCUGGCGGUGAUCGGGGGGGCCGACGCCGGCCUGCGCGUGGGGGGGCGCUGCGUGCACAAGCAGACGGGGAGGCACGCCACGCUGCUGGGCGUGGUGAAGGAGGGCAGCACCUCGGCGAAGGUGCAGUGGGACGAGGCCGAGAUCACCAUCAGCUUCCCAACUUUCUGGUCGCCUAGUGACACUCCGCUUUACAACCUGGAGCCGUGCGAGCCGCUGCCCUUCGACGUGGCGCGUUUCCGCGGCCUCACGGCCUCGCUGCUGCUGGACCUCACCUACCUGACCAGCAUCCACGAGGAGGCCGCCGCCAAGCUCGGCACACGCCGCCACGACAAGAAGCACCGCGGCGCCGCCCCGCCGGGUCCUGAGGCGCCCGGGCACGACGACAAGGCGGAGAGCCAGGAGCAGAGAGACCCCGGCGGGGCCUCGGCCCCCGGCGCCGCCACCUCUGACCUGCGUGUGUCCCACAGCCUGGACGAGGUGAAGGCGCACGCGGCGCCCGUCUUCAAGUCGGAGAGCCAGAUCUCCUCGGCGGUCGGGGAGAGCGAUGCGCUCUUUGCGGCGCCGCCGCACACCCCCGCCGAGGGGGGGAGGAAGAAAGGCCACGAGCACGGCCCCCGGGCCCACGAGGCCGGCGCCACGCAGUCAGAGAUCCACGCCGUGCAGCUGUCCUACCUCUACCUGGGCGCCAUGAAGGCCCUCAGCGCCCUGCUGAGCUGCAGCAAGUACGCCGAGCUGCUGCUCAUACCGAAGGUGAAACCCGAGGCGGCGCCCAGCGGCCACAACGCCGACCUGAACGCGGCCGCCACCUCUCCGGUGUGCCAGGAGGAGGCGGAGAUGCGGGCGGCUCUGCAGUUCCUCAUGCGCCACAUGGUGAAGCGGGCGGUGAUGCGCUCCCCCAUCAAGCGGGCCUUGGGCCUGGCCGACCUGGAGCGGGCGCAGGCCAUGGUCUACAAGCUGGUGGUGAACGGGCUGCUGGAGGAGCCCAGCGGGGGGAAGGCCCGGACCGGCGUGAGAAGCGACCCGGAGGGCGAGGGCGAAGGCCCGGAGGGCGAGCAGCUGGCUCAGACCCCCGUCACAACCAGCCCCUCGGCCUCCAGCACCACGUCCUUCAUGAGCUCCUCGCUGGAGGACACCACCACGGCCACCACGCCCGUCACCGACACUGAGACCGCCCCCGCCUCCGAGUCUCCGGGGGUCAUGCCCCUCAGCCUCCUCCGGCAAAUGUUCUCCAGCUACCCGACCACCAGCCUGGCGCCGACCCGUCGGGCUCAGACCCCCCCGGUGUCGUCCCUGCCGACCUCGCCCUCCGAGGAGGUGGGCCGCCGACAGAGCCUCACCUCGCCCGACUCCCAGCCCUCCAGAGCCCAGAACCGAACGGGCACCUCGCUGUCGGACCCCAGCAGCAGGCUGUCCACGUCCCCCCCCCCGCCCGCCAUCGCUGUCCCCCUGCUGGAGAUGGGCUUCUCUCUGCGUCAGAUCACCAAAGCUCUGGAUGCCACCGGGGCUCGCGGUGAAGCCGACGCCCAGAACAUCACGGUGCUCGCCAUGUGGAUGAUCGAGCACCCGGGCACGGACGACGAGCACGACGAGCCCCACGCCAGAGGAGGAGGGGGCGUCGGGGGGGCGGUGGUCGUCGGGGGCGACGGGUCCGACUCGUCCUGCCCGGGCGCGAUGGCCUCCUCUGGGGGCAAAUCUCUGGAGCGGAGCCCCUACCUGUGCUCCCCCGGGGACCUCGCCGACGCCUCGGAGAUGGAGGAGGGCUUCAGCGAGAGUCCCGAGGGUCUGGACCAGGACGCCUCCGGCCCCCUCCGAGGUCGCUCCGCCGCCGGCAGGAAGCACCGCUUCGACCUGGCGGCUCGCACGCUGCUGGCCCGCGCCGCCGGGCUGUACCGCUCGGUGCAGGCCCACCACAGCCAGUCCAGGCGGGAGGUGGCGUCCCUGCAGCAGCAGCAGCAGCAGCAGGACCCGGGCGCCCUCUACGACUUCAACCUGGACGAGGAGCUGGAGAUGGACCUGGACGAGGAGACCAUGGAGGCCAUGUUCGGCCAGGACCUGGCCAGCGACACCGACAUUCUGGGAAUGUGGAUCCCGGAGGUACUGGACUGGCCAACAUGGCACGUGUGCGAGACGGACGACCGGGACGAGGUGGUGGUGUGCGAGCUCUGCGAGGCCAACGUGGCCAACUUCAACCAGCACAUGAAGAAGAGCCACCCGGGCUGCGGCCGCAGCGCCAACCGGCAGGGUUACCGUAGCAACGGCUCCUACGUGGACGGCUGGUUCGGGGGGGAGUGCGGCAGCGGGAACCCGUACUACCUGCUGUGUGGGGGCUGCAGGGAGAAGUACCUGGCCAUCAAGAGCAAGGCCAAAGUCCCCGUGGUGGAGAGGUAUAAGGGACAAGCUCCGGACCUGCUGGGAAAGCAGGACAGUGUCUACGAAGAGGACUGGGACAUGCUGGACGUGGACGAGGACGAGAAGCUGACGGGGGAGGAGGAGUUCGAGCUCCUGGCCGGCCCGCUGGGCCUCAGCGAGCGCCGGCUCGUCCCCGAGGCCGUCCAGUUCCCCGACAGCGACCCGCUGGGAGCCUCCGUCGCCAUGGUGACGGCAAGCAACAGCAUGGAGGAGACGCUGCUGCAGAUAGGCUGUCAGACCUCGGUGGAUAAGAGCUCGGCCGGCAGGGUGACCCUCGGGGAGCAGGCCGCCGCCCUCCAGAACCCCCACGACCGCGUGAUGGCGCUGAGGAGGGUGACGGCGGCGGCGCAGGUGCUGCUGGCCCGGACCAUGGUGAUGAGAGCCCUGUCCCUGCUGUCCGUCAGUGGCUCCAGCUGCAGCCUGGCCGCCGGCCUGGAGUCUCUGGGUCUGACCGACAUCAGGACCCUGGUCCGGCUCAUGUGUCUGGCGGCGGCCGGCCGGGCCGGUCUCUCCACGAGCCCCACGGCGGGCUCCGGUCACAGCGACAGGCCCCGCGGGGCCGCCAAGGCCAGUAAGCCCAUCUCCAGCCUGGCGUACCUCAGCACCGCGGUGGGCUGCUUGGCCUCCAACAGUCCCAACGCCGCCAAGCUGCUGGUGCAGCUCUGCACUCAGAACCUGAUCUCCGCGGCGACCGGCAUGAACCUGACCACGGUGGACGACCCCAUCCAGAGGAAGUUCCUGCCCAGCUUCCUGCGCGGCGUCGCAGAGGAGAACAAGCUCGUCACCUCCCCGAACUUCGUGGUGACCCAGGCCCUGGUGGCCCUGCUGGCAGACAAAGGGGCCCGACUGAGACCGGCCUACGACAAGGCGGACACGGAGAAGAGAGGGCCCCUGGAGCUGGCCAACGCUCUGGCGGCCUGUUGCCUCUCCUCGCGGCUGUCCUCGCAGCACCGGCAGUGGGCCGCCCAGCAGCUGGUCCGCACGCUGGCCGCCCACGACCGCGACAACAACCACGCGCGGCCGCAGAGCUUCGCCGACGUGGCGGGAGACCUGCGCAGGUGCUCCUCCAUCAAGCUGGAGGCCCACCAGAGCAGAGUCAUCACCUGCAGGUGGUGCAGCAGGAAAGGGCUGUUGGCCACGAGCGGCAACGACGGCACGGUGAGGAUGUGGAACGUGACCAAGAACCAGUACGCGCUCCAGCAGACCUGCAUCUUCAACAAGGAUGACGGCUCGUCGGAGGACGGCGUGUCGGGUCUGGGGUCUCCCAGCGACCCCUGCAUGUCGCCUCUGGCCUGGAGCGUCACCGGCAAAUACCUGGCGUCCGCCAUGGAGAAGCUGGUCAACAUCUGGCAGGUUAAUGGCGGUAAGGGCCUCCUGGACGUGCAGCCCCACUGGGUGUCGGCGCUGGCGUGGCCCCGGGAGGAGGCGGAGUCUCUGUGGUGCGGGGAGCCCCGGGACGUGCUGCUGGUGGGACGCAUGGACGGCUCUCUGGGCCUCAUCGAGGUGCUGGACUCCUCCAGCAUGCAGCGCACCGAGCUGGAGCAUUGCUACCGCAAAGACGUGGCGGUGAUGCACAUCGCCUGGUACAGCGAGAACAAGCCCUUUGCCGUCGGCUACGCGGACGGGAAGCUGCUCAUUGGAUCCAAGGAGCCUUUAGAGAAAGGAGCCAUUGUGGUCAUCGACGCUCACAAGGAGGCGAUCAGCGCCAUGAAGUGGAGUCCCAACGGUCACAUGCUGCUCACCUGCGCCAAAGAGGAGACGGUGAAGCUGUGGGCCGGUCCGGACCCCCACCCUCACUCCCAGCCCGCCUCCGGCUGGCGCUGCCUGCAGAGCCUGCGACACCCCUCCCAGGUCAACGGCGUGGCCUGGAGCGGGCAGCUGGGGCGGGGCCCGAGGCCCCUCAGCAUGUUGGCCAUAUGUUGCCAGAACGGUCACGUCUCAGUCUGGACCGUUCCUCAAAUCACCUCCAGCUUCCCAGAUUCCUCUUCCUCUGAGUCCGAGGGCUGGUGGGACAACGAAGCCAAACCCAAAUGCACGUCGUCCCGGGGGUCGGGCCAAGGAGCGGCGUGCGUCUUCCAGCUGAAGGGCCACAUCACCCCCGUGAGGACGCUGGCCUUCAGCCCCGACGGCCUGGCUCUGGCCACCGGAGGAGUGGGAGGCCUCAUGAACAUCUGGUCCCUGCGGGACGGCUCGGUGCUCCAGACGGUGGUAGCCGGUUCAGGUGCGAUCCAGAAUAUCGUCUGGAUCCCAGAUGUUGGUGUUGCCGUCUGCUCCAACAGGUCCAAGGACGUGCUGGUGGUGAACUGCUCCAGGGACUUCAUGGCGCCCAACCACGUGCUGGCCACCUGCCGCACGGCUCUGAAGCGGCAGGGCGUGGUCGGGCUGCACGUGGCGCCGUGCAUGAGGGCCUUCCUGGAGAGACUUCCUGUGAUGCUGCAGGAGCAGUACGCCUACGAGAAGCCCCACGUGGUGUGUGGCGAGCAGCUGGUGCACAGCCCCUACAUGCAGUGCCUGGCCUCUCUGGCCGUGGGGCUCCACCUGGACCAGCUCCUGUGCCGCCCCCCGGCGCCGCCCAACCUCCGGCACUGCCCGCCGGAGUCCGGCACGGCCGUGUGGUGCGCCAGCGAGUGGGCGUGGCUCGACUGCUUCUCCACCACGGUGAAGGCGGCGGAGGCCCUGACCCGCGGCGCCGGCUUCUCCGAGUCCUUCUGCGUUCCCGACCUGGAGCCCGUGCCCAAAGACGAGAUGGCUCUGCUCAUGGACAACAGCAAGUGGGCGCCUGGCAUGGACGAGCAGAUCAUGUCCUGGGCCACGUCCAGACCAGAGGACUGGCACCUCGGGGGGAAGUGCGAUGUGUAUCUUUGGGGCGCCGGGCGACACGGCCAGCUGGCAGAGGCCGGCAGGAACAUCCUGGUGGCCACGAGCGCCCCGUCCUUCUCUCAGGCCCAACAGGUGGUGUGCGGUCAGAACUGCACCUUCGUGAUCCAGUCCAACGGGACGGUGCUGGCCUGCGGAGAGGGAAGCUACGGCCGCCUGGGGCAGGGGAACUCAGACGACCUGCACGUCCUCACCGUGGUGUCUGCUCUGCAGGGUUUUGUGGUGACCCAGCUGGUGACGUCGUGCGGCAGCGACGGACACUCCAUGGCGCUGACGGAGAGCGGCGAGGUCUUCAGCUGGGGCGACGGGGACUACGGCAAGCUGGGCCACGGCAACAGCGACCGGCAGCGCCGGCCCCGGCAGAUCGAGGCGCUGCAGGGCGAGGAGGUGGUGCAGAUGUCCUGUGGGUUCAAGCACUCGGCCGUGGUCACGGCGGACGGGAAGCUUUUCACUUUUGGGAACGGAGAUUACGGCCGGCUGGGUUUGGGAAACACGUCCAACAAGAAGCUCCCGGAGAAGGUCACCGCCUUGGAGGGGUACCAGGUCGGACAGGUGGCUUGCGGUCUGAACCACACCUUGGUGGUCUCCGCUGACGGGAUGGCGGUUUGGGCCUUCGGCGACGGAGACUACGGGAAGCUGGGACUCGGCAAUUCCACGGCCAAGUCCUCCCCUCAGAAGGUGGACGCCUUGUGUGGACUCGGCAUCAUCAAGGUGGCGUGUGGAACGCAGUUCUCCGUGGCUUUAACCAGCGACGGGAAAGUCUUCACCUUCGGCCAAGACCGGCUCAUCGGGCUCCCCGAAGGCCGCGCCAGGAACCACAACCGGCCCCAGCAGGUGCCGGCCCUGUCGGGGGUCCACGUCCAGGACGUGGCUGUGGGGGCCGAGCACACUCUGGUGCUCUCCUCCACGGGGGACGUUUACACCUGGGGCAGCAACUCGGAGGGGCAGCUCGGCCUGGGUCACACCAACCACGUCAGGGAGCCCACGGUGGCCACGGUGCUGCAGGGAAAGAACAUCCAGCAGAUCUCCGCCGGGCGCUGCCACAGCGCCGCCUGGUCGGCGCCCUCCGUGCCGCCUCGGGCUCCAGGCUCCUCGGUUCCUCUCCAGCUGGGCCUCCCCCUGGUGGUUCCUCCGCAGUACAGCGGGCUGAAGGAGGUCAGCAUGGAGGCGGUGAGGGCUCGCCUGCGCCUCCUCUACCACUUCUCUGACCUCAUGUACUCCUCGUGGAGGCUUCUCAACCUCAGCCCCAACAACCAGAGCUGCACGUCGCACUACAACGCCGGCACCUGGGGGAUCGUGCAGGGCCAGCUGAGGCCCCUGUUGGCCCCCCGCGUCUACACGCUGCCCAUGGUGCGCUCCAUAGGCAAGACCAUGGUGCAGGGCAAGAACUACGGGCCCCAGAUCACCGUCAAACGCAUCUCCACGCGGGGGCGGAAGUGCAAACCCAUCUUCGUGCAGAUCGCCCGUCAGGUGGUGAAGCUCAACGCCUCCGACCUGCGCCUGCCCUCCCGCGCCUGGAAGGUGAAGCUGGUGGGCGAGGGGGCCGACGACGCGGGGGGGGUGUUCGACGACACCAUCACAGAGAUGUGCCAGGAGCUGGAGACGGGCGUGGUGGACCUCCUGAUCCCCUCCCCCAACGCCACGGCCGAGGUCGGAUACAACAGAGACCGGUUCCUCUUCAACCCGUCCUCCUGCCUGGACGAGCACAUGGUCCAGUUCCGGUUCCUGGGCAUCCUGAUGGGCGUGGCCAUCCGCACCAAGAAGCCCCUGGACCUCCACCUGGCCCCGCUGGUGUGGAAGCAGCUGUGCUGCAUCCCGCUGACGCUGGACGACCUGGAGGAGGUGGACCUCCUGUACGUGCAGACGCUCAAGAGCAUUCUUCACAUUGAAGACAGCGGCAUCACCGAGGAGAACUUCCACGAGAUGAUUCCUCUGGACUCCUUCGUGGGGCAGAGUGCGGAUGGGAAGAUGGUGCCCAUCAUCCCAGGAGGAACCAGCAUCCCGCUGUCCUUCUCCAACAGGAAGGAGUACGUGGAGCGAGCCAUCGAGUACCGGCUGCACGAGAUCGACCGACAGGUGGCGGCGGUGCGGGAGGGCAUGUCGUGGAUCGUGCCGGUGCCGCUGCUCUCGCUGCUGACGGCCCGUCAUCUGGAGCAGAUGGUGUGCGGGAUGCCGGAGAUCUGCUGCGAGGUGCUGAAGAAGGUGGUGCGGUACCGGGAGGUGGAGGAGCAGCACUCCCUGGUGCAGUGGUUCUGGCAGACGCUGGAGGAGUUCUCCAACGAGGAGCGGGUCCUCUUCAUGCGCUUCGUGUCCGGCCGCUCCCGGCUGCCCGCCAACACCGCCGACAUCUCCCAGAGGUUCCAGAUCAUGAAGGUGGACCGGCCCUACGACAGCCUCCCCACCUCUCAGACCUGCUUCUUCCAGCUGCGUCUGCCUCCGUACUCCAGCCAGGCCGUGAUGGCCGAGCGGCUCCGCUACGCCAUCAACAACUGCCGCUCCAUCGACAUGGACAACUACAUGCUGUCCCGCAACGUGGACAACGCGGACGGCUCCGACACGGACUACUGACGCACACUUUUUAAAAGAAUCCCUUUAUGUACUUUCAGCACAGCUUCCUUUCCCCGGUGGUUCAUCAGUGGUUUUAAAUAAGGAGUGUGUUUACUGUUCAUUGGACUUCACAUCCCAUGUUUCUGCACGGGGGGGCGUUUAUUCCUUUGGGAAAUGUGUGUAAAAUAAUCGAGCAAGAGGCCGGAGGAAGAAUGUUGUACAUUGUGUAAAAUGCUUCAUUGGGCAAAUGUUUUGCAUAAUAUCCAUAUUUAUUGUUUCCAGAAGCAUUAAAAACAACAACAAUAAAUGCUGCAUAACUGAG